UCUCCUGGCAACGUUCACCCAGAAAAGACUUCCGGUGGUAGCUAGGUGUUUCUUUAUGUUUACCUUAAAGCCUGCCGAGUAAUUUGGUAUAUAUUUUCGCACGAAUCUCACAUCAUUUGAUUUCCUCAAAACAAGCGACUUAAUAUGUACCAUCUUUAUUCAGUAUGCUUAAAUAUCAUAAUUGGGAACUUUUAAUUUGGAACCCUGUGUAGCUAUCGGUAACUUGCUAUUUAGUAAUGCAAUCUACUAGCUGUUAUUAAAAAUAAAACAUCGCCUGAUUACAUUAGCAAUGAUAUUACCGAUGGCAUCGACCUAAACUUGUGUGCCGCGGACACGGAAGAGCUGGAUAAUUUUAUUAGAAAAAGGAAACGCCAGAAAAUAAACUUGCGAAGGGAUUCAUUGUCACCAUAAGAAGAGUGAAGUUGAUCCAUUCGCACGGUUGAGGUUGUCUUCUGGAGUCUGAAUGACUGCCAGUUUGAAUGCUGGCUUAGGGAUGAGCCACUACUCAGGGACUGUCAUGGACCUCCAGCAGGCAGAAAACGGGAUGGAAACACCUGAACCCUCUCCUCCAAGUGCUGAAGACUUUCCUCUCACUCAGAAACCCCUGAAGAGCAAGGUGGGGAUCCCUAGGACCGCAGCUGAAUGCAAAGUGAUGGCACAGGUGGAUGGGACACUCCCGCAGAAUGGAAUCCAGAACUGUGAGGGGCAGUAUGUGGGAGGGGCCUUGGAGAUGCCACACCCAUCAACUAACUGUACCCACAUGAACACUCUGGGGUGUCCCCUUCUUGAUAAAGGUUUGAGAGCGGGUGAAGAGGAUGAGGAUGGAGCAGAAGAGGAGCUGUCCCUGAGGCCAGCUGCCUUGGAGACCCUGGUCUGUGCAAGCCCCACUGGUCCCUGCCCCCCCCACGUGAUGGCCCAGGUGCGGGUACGGAACCCGCCAGAGCGCGAGCGCAUCGUGCGCGGCAUGCAGGACAGCAAGAGCCUGGAUGAGAUCAGCCAUGCGUGUGGGGGCGCAGGGACCCGGGGCCGGCUGGGGCAGCCUGAGGGCCGCAGGGCCACCAUCUCCAGCGCCUUGGAACUGGAGGGCACGGUCAGUCACGAGGGAGACCUAACACACUUCAUCACCAGGAACUUGGAGCACAAGAUCAAGAUGAGCUCCAGACGCAGCCUAGAUUCCAGCUACUUGGGCCGGAGCCGGGGUUCUCUGCGGCGCCCAGCCGACAUCCCCCCCAUCGACCCCGGUGUGCUGCUGGACCUGCAGAGGCACACGCAGGAAGUGGCCCACAGCGUGGAGCUGAUGAUGCGCAGCCUCAACGGAACCAUCCAGAACAUGACGGCGCUUAGCGUGGGCUAUAUCCAGACCUACAGGGACUCUGUGGACAGUCUGGGGGAAGCGGUGGACAUGAGCAUCAAGGGGAUGUACACGCUGAUGGCCCGCUGCGAGGAGCUCGAUCGCUGCAUGCAGCCCAUCCACGUCCUUGGAAAGCAGAUCCGAGCCAUCAAGCACACCCUGGACGCCAUGGAGUCACUCUGCAAAUAGCAUCAGCGCUGUGGUGCCUUCAAUGAUGCUCCUUUGGUUGCCAUGGUUAUGUUGUUCCGGUAGCCAUGGACAUGCCGUCCAUACCACCCCACCUUGCUGCUCACCAAUGAGAUGCACUUCACUCCACCAGUUUCCCUGCUGGUAACCAGACCACCACCAAUGAUGCUUCGGGCUGCUUGCGUAAGACUCCACCCACUGCCCCACCCCCAGAAAACAUGCAGUCAUACAAAUGCACAAGAAUUCUCCUUUAAAACUUACCCAACUGCCCGUCCUUGUCUGAGUGUAUGCGUGCAUGUUUACUUGUGGGUGUGAACGUCUAAACAUGUGCAUGCGUGUGCAGAGGGCGGCACUGGUGUGCUCACUGCAAUUACUGUCUUUGUGCAUCCAGCACCUUGUGUAAAUAGCUUUUUCCUUAAGUUUGUCUGUCAAUGUUAUUUUAAAAUAUACAUUAAACUGGAAAAACAGCCGUUUGUGAAUGAUAGAGUUUGCCUAUGUGCAAAACAUGUUCCAUACUCUACCUACAACCUGUUUCUGUUUUGAAUAAGAAUUAUACUAAAUAUAGACACUCCAUUACUUGUGAACGAGAUAUGAACGUUUGGAACGUAAUUUGAAAUGUUCGUAAGUAGUUAUUCAACAUCAUUUUAAGGAUAUACGCAAGUACUGAAAGUUCGUAAGUAGAGGAGCGUCUGUAUUUGCAGUUGCACGUCUGUCCCUUUUGGUGUAAGUUACAGCUGAAAUGAAUAUACAAAGUUUACCAAAAGUCCUGGAUCUGUUCCUGCACUGAAAUGUACCUUUUAUUUUAAAUUAAAAUGCUAUAACAAUGGCUAUAAUUUAA